UGACACGUGAAUAUAUUUUGAAUGUAUUCUAUAAAUGCAUGUCGAUAGGAUUAUAAUGUAAAAGGAGCGAGUCCGAGGCUAACCUUAAAGGGAAAGCAUCCCACUUUGAUUUUGCAUCACUAAGCGUCAGUCCCCUACUAACAAAGAUAAUAGAACCUACCAUAGUAGAAAUUCUGCUGCUUUCUAAUCGCUGACUUAUUCGAUACGAGAUAUAAUCGGCGAUAUACUACAUAAUGUCAAGUAUAUUAGGUACUUUUUCUAGGUAUAUAAACAAACACACGCGACGAUAUGAAAUAUGAUUAAGUAACGAAGUGAACCAACCGCCUAUGACUUUGCGACGUUUAGCUACUUUUGCUAGACUUCGUCUCGUUAGAAAUUAUCAUCAAGCUCUAAUCGGAAUUCGUCCUCGGCCGCUAUCCUUUUCGCGACAUAACCUCGUGUACCGCAUCCAUCUCGUCGCCGCUAAUAUGUCGUCUACCGACACGUCUUCGCCGAGCGAUCCCCUAGCAGCCUCUAGCAGCAGUUCCAAGGAUAUCGCCACGAUCUCGAAAGAAAGGCAGGAUGAGGAGACGAAGCAGGAAAAAGACGAAGAGAAACUUCCCCCCCUCAAGGGAGCUGAGUUCCGCGCCUACAAUCGUUUAGCUGAGCACAUGGAUCUAUUCCACGCCCAUUUCCGUACGGCGUGGAAUACGCUAUGGGCGGCGGCUUGCGCGGGGAACGGUAGCAAAAACAAAUCGUCGUCGCGAGCUGGACGGUCUAUCAUUAACGACGGAUUAGCCUUCGUGGCUCAACUCGAAGUGCACCACAACAUCGAGGAAACAUACAUAUUCCCUAUACUGGCUCGGCGGAUGCCCGAGUUUCGAAACGACGGGAAGGGUGGUAAGAACGCGGCAGAGCUGUUGCGACAACACCGCGAGAUUCACGACGGCAUGGAGGGUAUGCGCAAGUACCUCAGGGGUUGUCGCGACGGCGAGCAGGAUCUAGACAUGGGAACGCUAAAAGCACAAAUGGAGGGCUGGGGAGCUAUACUCUGGACCCAUCUCGAUCAAGAGGUUGCGACGCUAGGUGCUGAGAACAUGAGGAAGUAUUGGACCGCCGAGGAAAUCAGGCGGAUACCUAUGUAGAUAAAGGGCGAAUGCCGAGUCGAAUAUCGAGUAGAGAGCAGGUCAGGCCGGAGUGGAUUGAAUAUAUCUGCGAUAGUACUGGUAGAGGUAGAGGUAGAGAUAUUAUGAUACCAAAGUUAGACUGAGACAGGGAGAAAUCAUUGCUACAGCCUACAUAGACAACCAACAUGCCAGUAAUAUAUUUAUUGCCUAUACUUUCUUUCACCAUUUUAGCCUUAAUUCUAUCAUAUAAUGUACCUAUAUAAAGU